AUGUCAGAAGCUCUCCAAAUCAAUCAACAUGUUAACAAUGAAAGCAGUAGUGAUAGAUAUGUAAAUCAAACCCAAAAUAAAGAGGUUAAUUUUAAUGAGACUGAAAAUUAUGCAAACUAUGCCUCAGCUGCAGCAGCUGCAGCUGUUCAAAUGCAAUACAUGCAUCAACAACAGAUAAUGAUGGGCCCUGGCAACUAUUUUCCAUUUGUUAUGACACCUGCAUAUCAAAUGAUUAUUCAGCAGCAACAACAACAACAACAUCGCUACCUGAAAAACUGUUACUCUCAUCAUCAACAUGAUAAAAUUAAUAAUGAUUCCCAAGAAGGGUCUCCUUUGAAUUUACAAACUCCCAAAGAGCGCCAAAUUCACAAUCUGCAUCCAGUUGCUAAUCAUUACAACAAUCAAGAAGCAACUAAUUAUGUUUCUAAUGCUCUUCCCGCUAUCAGUAACAACCAACAAUUUCAGCAUAAUAAUUCAUUUUUAAAUUUUAACCCCAACGUCAUGUCGUCACCGCAUAGAUUUUCAAAUGACUUGAAUAACUUGGUACAAAACCGCAGUUCAUUUUCAUCAGAUAAUGUGAAACCUGAUGUACCACCUCCACCUAAAAGGCCCCUGACGCCUUAUAUGAGAUUCAGCAAAUGUGUGAGUCUGUUCUACAUGAAAAUAUUUUGUAUCUUUUCAACUAUUAAUCCUUACAAAUCUGCAAAGAUUCAUCUAUUUUACUGUUGA